AUGACAUCGUCUCUCCUCUCUUCCCUCCUCUUCUUCCUCCUCUUCUUCAGCGGCGGCGGCGGCGACGGCGGCGGCGCCGCCUCUGCGCAGAAACUAGAUGCAGAUGAGCUCCGGAUCCUCCUCGAAGUGAAGAUGUCCCUCGGAAUCUCUGAUUCCAGCCCAGGAUUCGAGUCCUGGCGCCCGGAUAAGUCGCCGUGCGAGUUCUCUGGCGUUUCCUGCAAGGAUGGGCGGUCGGUGUCGACUAUCGAUCUCAGCAACCAGCGGCUUGGGGGAACGAUUCCCUUUGGAUCCAUCUGCAGGCUUCCGUCGCUCGUCAAGCUGUGGAUGGGAUCGACUGGUGUUUCGGGUAAUGUCAGUGCCGAUAUCGGGAGAUGCGGGAAUCUGGAGUUGUUGGAUCUCGCCGGGAAUUCUCUAUCCGGCGUUGUUCCUGAUCUGUCAUCCCUUCAGAAGUUGCAGGUUCUGAAUCUCUCUGACAAUGGAUUCACGGGGAGUUUCCCCUGGCGUUCACUUGCUCGUAUGCCCGCCCUGAACUCCCUCAGCCUCGGAGACAACCCGUUCGAUCCGACCGGCUCCUUCCCUGAGGAAGUAUUGAAUGUGAGCACGCUUACAUGGCUCUAUCUCUCUAACUGCAACAUCCAAGGGCGGAUUCCGCCGGCGAUUGGUCGAUUGACGUCUCUGGUCAAUCUGGAGCUCGCCGACAACUUCCUAUCCGGCGAGAUUCCCCAAGAGAUCACCUAUUUAACGCGUCUCUGGCAGCUGGAGUUGUACAACAACUCGCUUACUGGGACGCUCCCAGUGGGCUUCAGGAACCUCUCCAAUCUCGUCUACUUCGACGCCUCAAUGAACAAGCUGGAGGGGAACCUCUCAGAGAUCAGGUUUCUCACCAAGCUCGUUUCCCUCCAGCUUUUUGAGAACAAAUUCAUCGGGGAGGUGCCUCCGGAGCUGGGGAACUUCAAGGACCUCAUCAACCUCUCGCUGUACACGAACCAGCUCUCCGGCAGUCUCCCAAAGUCGCUCGGCAGCUGGGCAGAUUUCGACUUCAUCGACGUCUCCACCAACUUCUUAACGGGGCCGAUUCCGCCGGACAUGUGCAAGAAGGGUACAAUGAAGAGGCUGCUGAUGCUGGAGAACAGAUUCACGGGAGAGAUUCCGGCGGCCUACGGGAAUUGCACUUCUCUCCUCCGGUUCCGUGUGAGCGAGAAUUUGCUCUCCGGCGAGGUCCCUGCGGGGAUCUGGAGCCUUCCCAAAGUCAACAUCAUCGAUCUCUCCAUGAACAAUCUCUCGGGUCCCGUCGGUUCUGGGAUUGGAAAAGCUGAGGCCCUCUCGCAACUCUUCAUAUCCCACAACCAGUUCUCAGGCGUGCUUCCGGGGGAUAUCUCGGGUGCCUCCUCCCUCGUGUCCUUAGACGGCAGCUACAACCAGCUUUCCGGAGGGAUACCAGAGAGCAUCGGCGGUUUGAAGACCCUCGCCAGCCUACACCUGCAGGGGAACAGAUUGGGCGGCGAAAUUCCGGCGUCCUUGGGUUCCUGCUCGUCCCUGACACAGAUCAAUCUUGCCGAGAAUUUACUCUCCGGCCACAUCCCUGCCAGCAUCGGUGGCCUUUCCAAUCUCAACUCUCUGAAUCUUUCAAACAACGGCCUAUCUGGCGAGAUCCCGGCGGCCCUAUCAUCGCUGAGAUUGAGCGAGCUCGACUUGUCGAGCAACUCUCUGUCGGGAGAAGUGCCGCCGGAGCUGGCUGUGGAGGCCUACAGCGGAAGCUUCUCCGGGAAUCCUAACCUCUGCAGCUCUCAUGCCCGCUUCCUACGCUCCUGUUCUUCCUCUUCAUCUGCGCACUCGUCGGACAAGCUCCGGACGGUGCUCACCUCCUUGGCAGUGGGUGCCCUCGCCGCCAUAUCCAUUAUCGUCUACGUCGUCUACAUGAAGAAGAAGGGGAAGAAGAAGCUGUCCGGGAGAGAAAGGGGCAGGCUUAUCUCGACAGAUUCCUGGGACAUGAAGUCUUUCCAGAUCGUCAGCUUCGACGAGCAGAAGAUCCUCAACGCCAUCCGCACAGACAACCAGAUCGGCAAGGGCGGCUCCGGCAACGUCUACCGCGUGGAUCUGGGAAAUGGGCAGGCGGUGGCGGUGAAGCACAUCUGGAACAACUCCGAGUCCAGCGAGUCGCCGGCGAGGGCGCUCAAGCGAAAACCUCCGGCGAUCUCCAAGGAGUUCGAUGCGGAGGUGACCGCUCUCAGCUCCAUUCGUCACAUGAACGUGGUCAAGCUCUUCUGCAGCAUCACCAGUGAAGAUUCGAGCUUGCUGGUGUACGAGUACCUCUCCAAUGGCAGCCUCUGGGACCGGCUUCACUCCGGCGAUGGAGGCAAGCUCGGCGGCCUCGACUGGGACACCCGGUACGAGGUGGCCGUCGGCGCGGCCCACGGCCUCGAGUACCUCCACCAUGGCCUUCAGCGCCCGAUCCUCCACCGCGACGUCAAGUCAAGCAACAUCCUCCUCGACGAGUCCUUUCAGCCCCGCAUCGCCGACUUCGGAAUAGCCAAGAUCCUCCACGCCGGCGCCGGCGACGGCAAGGGCCCAUCCUCCACACACGUCGUCGCCGGCACCCUCGGCUACAUCGCCCCAGGUCAGUUAGUCACCCCCAUAUCAACCACCACCACCACCACCACCUCGUUAAUGGCGACGACAACCUUAGCUUCAACUUCAACUCUUUCUUCCUCCUUCCUCCCUCCCUGCAGAGUACGCCUACACAGAGAAGGUCACCAUGAAGAGCGACGUGUACAGCUUCGGGGUGGUGCUGCUCGAGCUGGUUACAGGGAGGAGGCCAAUCGAGCCGGAGUUCGGGGAGAACAAGGACAUCGUCCACUGGGUGUGCAGCAAGAUGACCCUCAGAGAUGGGUUUCUACAGCUGCUCGACGGGACGGUCCCUGAGGCCUCGAGGGAAGAAGCCAUCAAGGUUCUCCGGGCCGGCGUGCUCUGCACCAUGCGGCUUCCCAGCCUGAGACCCUCUAUGAGGUCCGUCGUGAAGAUGCUGGAAGAGGCCAGGAAAGACCGCUUCGCCGCCGCCGCCUCCGCGGCCGCCACCGCCGGGGCAGCCGCCAAGGACGACGAGAACAGCCGUGACGACGAUCCAAAGCAGGAGAAGCUGUAG